CUUCUCUGGGAGUUUCCAUCCUGGUCGACUCCAGGCUUUAUGUGCAGCACCUGUUCACUCGGCCCCUCUGCUCACUCUGACACAUACGCUCUCUCACACACACACACACACACACACAGACACACACACACAGUCUCUCCACACACUCACUUCAAACCUCCUAGAUCGCAGAGCAGAACUUCCAGCAGUUUUCCUCCUCUGGGAAUUCUUCAAGCUACGGAAAGUGUUUGCUUAACUCUGGAUUCCUGUCAAGCAUGCCUGACGUUCACACAGUGAACCUGAACUUCUGGAUGGACUGUGAGGAACUUUGGAGAACUUUUCCUGAUGCUUUGGUGGAACAUGAUAUGAGCUGUUGAUGGUUCCCGAUUGUCCAACUCUUUUUUUUUUGGUUCUGUCUUGGAUUUUGGAGAACGUCUGCAGAUUCCAAACUUUGAGAACGUUGCAGAAUCUGAGGACUCACGUGUGAGGACUCUUCUCCAUCACGACUAUGUGGUUUCGACUUCUCCUCGCCUCGUUAUUCCGCGUGCGGGAUGUGUGUGUAAGGAACGAGUUCUCUGUGUGCUCAUGCUGAACGGGACUCCAGCGUGUAUCCAGUGUGUAAAGCUGAGCCAAAUGAUUCCUCUUCUUCUCUUCUCUCUUCUGGUGUCUCUUCUUCAUGGGUUGGACGUGGAAUCCACGCUCCUCACUAAGCUUCACCACUCCAAUGGAAAAGAGCACAAUGGAGUUCAGGAGUCUCAGCACGAGAAGGUAGUGAUGGUCAGCGGGGACGGAGUCGUCCACAGUCCCGGGUUUCCACACACUUACCCACGCAGCACUGUGAUCGUGUGGAGGCUUGUGGCAGCCAAUGAGAACGCCAGGAUCCAGCUGACCUUUGACCCCCGAUUUGGCCUGGAGGAUCCUGAGGACGACGUGUGCAAGUAUGACUAUGUGGAAGUGGAGGAACCUGAUGGAGGUAUGGUGCUAGGUCGUUGGUGUGGCUCUCAGUCUGCUCCUGGCCCGCAGACAUCCAAAGGGAACCAGAUUCGCAUUCGCUUCGUUUCAGACGAGUACUUUCCCUCUGAGCCGGGUUUCAGCGUCCACUACUCUGUCCUGCAGCAGAAGCCGGCCGUGCCCGCCGUCAUGCCCGUGGCUCUGCACAGCGUGGAGGCUCUGAGCGACGCCAUGUCUGAAUUCGGCACGGUGGAGGAGGUCCUGAAAUACCUGGAGCCUGAUCGCUGGCAGCUCGACCUGGAGGAGCUUUACAAGCCCACAUGGCACGUCCUGGGCAAGUCCUUCUUCCACCAGAAAAAAACCAGAGGUGUGGUGGAUCUGAACCUGCUCCGGGAGGAGGUCCGGCUCUACAGCUGCACUCCUCGUAAUUAUUCGGUGUCCCUGCGUGAGGAGCUGAAGAGGACGGACGUGAUCUUCUGGCCCAGCUGCCUGCUGGUGAAGCGAUGUGGAGGAAACUGCGCCUGCUGCUCGAACAACUGCUACGACUGUCAGUGCACUCCCACUAAAGUGACCAAAAAAUACCACGAGGUCCUGAUGCUGAAAUUCCGUCCAGGUCGAGGCUCGCAGAAGUCGCUGACGGACGUGGCGCUGGAGCAUCACGAGGAGUGCAACUGCGAGUGCAAGAACGACUGAACGAGGAGCUUGACGGAGGAAAUAUUUAUUGGAUGGACUUUGUUUUCACUACGGUGUUCAAGCUAAUAAAACGAGAGAUGAACAUGGUUUAUGGGGACUUGGCUCCGGUACUGCUCAUCUCACAGAAUGUUCGGUGGAGCGGUCCAGUUGAAAUAUUGGACGGGAUGAUGGAUCAUUUAACGUUGAAAUAAAACGGGCAAAAAAAAAAAGAUUUGUUUUUUUUUAAACAAUCUCUGCUUCUGAUUACGCCCCAGAAAAGGACGUGAGCAUUUUCCGCACUCUGUUUUUGUUUUUUUUAACCUUCUGACGUUCUUCAUCCUUCUCCAAACCUCACUGGAUUUUUUUUUAUUUUUUAGGACGCUUUUGAUACCUUGAACCUCUUCACUGGAGGUCUCUGUGGACCAAAGGAGAACCUCCAGCUUACUUACUGAACAUACUUUUUUAAUUUGAGACAGAAAGGAGGACAGAGACUCUGCCUACGUCUUCUUUACGUUACAUUCGGCUCCAUAAAGUGUGAAAGAUGAAAGUGUCUCGGCAUUCUGGAGGCUUGGGGAACGUUCAGGGACAGAAAAGAGUGCAGAAGAGGGGUGUUUUUUUUUCUUGUUUUUUUUUUUUUUCUUUUUCAGUGUCCUUUCUGCAGCUCAUUCAUCAACCGUCCCACGGUGGGGUUCGAGACGAGCGAGGAGGCCCGACUGAGCUCUUUCUGUAGAUUUUUGUGCAUUUUCAGUGAUGUAAAUAGCCUUCCUGUUCUGGUUUUCUUGAGUUUCGUAUCUUAGUUUUUUGUUUUGUUUUGUUUUUUUUAAUCAGCCUUUUUUUAUGCGGAUCACGCCAUCACACUGUUUCACACCCGUUCCUCCUUAUUAUAGUGUUCAUCAGUCACGACUCCAUCACAGCAAACUCCACAGUGUCGAAUGAGCUCUUAUCGGACAUGUCAAGAUAUGUCAAAUAUAGACACACGUAAAGUUCUUCCAAUAUGUCAUUUCAGCCUUUUUACCGCCCUCUGUAAACCUAACAUCGGACUCUCAGGCCAAGUACUAAUUUGAGUCAAGACACGACAGUGAAAUACAGUAAGCUUUAAUGCGACGAUUACCUACAGAUUUAAGAAACUUAAUUAAGCAUUUAAUAAUCGGCGUAUAGUGAAUGUAAAAUCCAUCAUUACAGCACGAAAUUAAAGGAACUAAUACAGAAAACAUCACCGUUGGUUCGGGCGUCUUGGAGAUCACAUGAUAAUCACUGACGUGUGAUUAGAUCAGAUUUAUAAACUUGGGAAAGAGGAUUCGAGGAAGACGGCGCUCUGGUGGUCGAAUACGGCGUUGCAGCAGAAUUGACGGCGAAUCGAUUCAAACAAAAAGUCGUAUUUAUUUAUUUAAAAGCUGUCUCAAAAGGAAUUCUGUAGUUCUCGUGUGAAUUUCAGUGUAAACGCGUCAAAUGCCAGGAGAGAUCAUCUCGAAGAAGACCAGAAAUAUGAAUCAUUAACGGUUAAACUCCGCCCCUCACACAAACCUCUUGUAUAAACACCGGAGGCGCUGCUUCACUUCACUGCUCGAAGAGUUCGUUCAACACUGUGAGUUUUGCCGUAUACAGAUAUAGACGUGAAAUAAACAGCGUUCGCGAGUAAAAUUUAUUCUUAAAGAGUGAAAGCGAUGUCAGGCGGUUUUAUUAUAACAUAAGUAUCAUUUGUCCCUUUUUGGAAGAUCUUUCGAAAACUUUAAUAUACAUCUAUAUCAAUAGCCUGGACUUUAUAUUUAAACGCUAAUCAUCACGUCUGAGUCUUCCAUCUGUCCUUCCAUCCAUCCAUAUAUACAUACAUCCAUCCAUACAUACGUCCAUCUAUCCAUCCAUACAUACGUCCAUACAUACAUACAUCCUUUUCCUUCUUUUUCUUUAUUUUACAUUUGCAUUUAUUCAUUUAGCAGACGCUUUUAUCCAAAGCGACUUACAAAUGAGAGAAUUUUCACUGGAAGUUUUAUUAUUUCUGAUAAAAACAGACUGUAAAAUGUCUCAUCGUUGUAUAUGUGCUCUCUAACAGCCGUCUAAUGCGUAUCUAUUAUUAUUUAACUUCAUGUGCAAAAUGGGAAAAAGUAACGGACUGGAUUUGAUGCUUUUCAUUGUGCUGGUGUUGAUGUUCUGGUGUGUGUGUGUGUGUGUGUGUGUGUGUGUGUGUGUGUGUGUUUGUGUUUGUUUGUUUGGUUUUUCCCCUGAAAUUUCUCUGUAUUGUUCUUCGACCCAUAAACCAUUAAACACAGGUUCAGACUACACUCUGGUGUCAUGGAGGAGUUAUACCUGAGAUAUAAAUGCAUUAGAACACACUUAAUGGUUUAAUAACGGCAACGUGACGAUCUCGUACAUUAUUUAGUACAACGCUGAUGUGCAAAAGUUUGUAUCCCCUGUGGGUUUUGGUUGGAAAAUGGAAAGAAAAGAAAAAACACCUUUAUUAUACACUUUACAUCGGGAUAGAAUCAUUAAAAGACGUCAGGAAUCAUAAUUUUUUUUGCAUGAAUGUUCGAAUCUCAUGCUUGUUCCAUGAUGUGUCCAUUAUACAUUAUGCAAAGGUUUAGUUUCGUUUCAACCCCAUUACACUCUUAAAGAAGAAAGGUUCCAGUUAGAACCAAUAAGGGGAUUUUCAGCCUGAUGACGUACGGGAACUCUUUUAAGUUGCACAAAGAAGCCUUUACUCUCAAGUUCUUCAGAGAACCAUCUAUUUACUGGUGCUUUAAAGAACCCACAAAUAGUUCUUCAUAGUGGUACCACAAGGAACCAUGUUAUUAUAAGUUCUCUAAACAAAAACAAAAAAAAACCUUACUCCUUUAAGGAACCAAAAUAGGGUUCUUACGAGAGAUGCCAGGAGAACCUUUUCCGGUCCGACAAACAACCUCACAGGGUUCACUCCAACCUGUUAAUAAUGGUGACUUGAAGAACCAAUACACUGCCCAGAAGAACCUAUAAUAAACCAUAAAUAACUUCUUUAAUCUCCAAAGAACCAUACAGCUCAACUCAAGAACCGUAUACUAUGAAACAUAUCUACUUCUUG